UGCUCAGAGUGUGGACAGAGCUGCAAUUACGCCUCCGAGCUGGCUCGGCACCAGCGUAUCCACACAGGGGAGAAGCCAUAUCAGUGCUCAGAGUGUGGGAAGGGCUUCGCUCGUUCCUCCAGCCUGGCUGAGCACCAGCGUAUCCACAUGGGGGAGAAGCCACAUCAGUGCUCAGAGUGUGGGAAGAGCUUCCGUUACUCCUCCAGGCUGGUUGAGCAUAAGCAUGUCCACACGCGGAAGAAGCCACAUCAACACUCAGAGUGUGGGAAGAGCUUCCAUUACUCCUCCAGCCUGGCUAAAGACCAGCGUAUCCACACGGGAGAGAAGCCUCAUCAGUGCACAGAGUGUGGGAAGAGCUUCAGUUACUCCCGCCAGCUGGCUCUGCACCAGCGUAUCCACACUGGGGAGAAGACACAUCAGUGCUCAGAUUGUGGGAAGAGCUUCAGGUACUCCUCUGAGCUGGCUCGGCAUGAGCGUAUCCACAAGGGAGAGAAGCUACAUCAGUGCUCAGAGUGUGGGAAGAGCUUCCGUUACUCCUCCGGGCUGGUUGAGCAUAAACAUGUCCACACGGGGGAGAAACCGUAUCAUUGCUCAGAGUGUGGGAAGAGCUUCCAUUACUCCUCCAGGCUGGUUGAGCAUAAGCAUGUCCACACGGGGGAGAAGCCACAUCAGUGCUCAGAGUGUGGGAAGAGCUUCCGUUACUCCUCCGGGCUGGUUGAGCAUAAACAUGUCCACACGGGGGAGAAACCGUAUCAUUGCUCAGAGUGUGGGAAGAGCUUCCAUUACUCCUCCAGGCUGGUUGAGCAUAAGCAUGUCCACACGGGGGAGAAGCCACAUCAGUGCUCAGAGUGUGGGAAGAGCUUC